UGAGUCCCCCCAGAGCAGCUUGGCUCACCAUGCAUGCAGAGGAAGCAACCAGAGCAAGGUCUUCCGAGGCAGGUCCGGGGGUGCUGGAGGAGCUGCUGACCUAUGAUGACCUUUUCCUGGAGUAUUUCAAUGCUUUCCUGGCUCUGCCUGCCUUUCCUUUGAGACUGCGCUACGACCGGCUCAGGGGGCAGCUGCAGGAGCUGGAUGGCUUCCUCCCAGAGUCUCCCAGCCAGCCGGGGAAGAAGCCAAGCUCUCCUCACUAUGGAGCCACUGAUGCAGAGAGGGAAAGGAUCCUGGGCUGGCUGAGGAGGGAGCGCUUACCCCCUUUUCAGAGGACGGCCCUUUACCUGGAGUACAAGCUGGCAAAGCUGCUGAUUCGUCCCCUGGAUGAAGGCUACCCAGUGAGCCGGCAUGAGAUUCGUGGGUACAGCCGUCAGUCUGAGAGCACUGCUGUCUCCAGCAUUCCCAGUCACCCAUCAACAGCUGGGCUGCCCACCAGGGUCCCCAGCCUCGGGCUGAGGAGGCCUCCUAGUCGGACCCGCAGCACCCCAGUCCACCUAGAAGGCUCCGUGGAUGGCUGGACCAAUGCUGGUGGGUCCGAGAGAUCCCUUGAUGGCCUGACCAGAGUCGCCUCUAGCUCUUCACCCUCGGCAGGGCACCACUUGGGCAGGUGCCAAGGGAAGCCAGCCUCAGGCACUAGGAAGGUGCUGCAGUUUGACUGGGAGGAAUUAAACACCUCUGACAGAGGGGAGGAAUCCUGGCUGCUCCCUGCCUUUGGCCUUUCUGCUCUGCAGCAGCUGAAGGAGAACGUGCUGGGGACGAGGGCUGGCAUGGAUUGCUUCAAGGAGUUUCUCCAUGGUACCCUGGGGAUCCACCUCCUUCACUUCUGGAUGGACUGUGAGGACAUAAUGGAGUGCACCAAGUGCUUAGAGGCCAGUACUGCCCAGCGGGAAGCUCAGAUCCUCUGUGUCAGCCUCUGCCGGAACAUUCAAGGCAAGUACAAGCUGAGUCUGUCUCUGGCCUGUCAGGAGCCUAUGUGCGAGGCUCAGGGCAGCAUCGAGGCAACUUUCAGUGCCUUCAGCAGGAGCCAGUACGAUGCUCUGAGACGUCUGCGCACCUACUGGGUUCCCAGGUUUCUCCUCCACCACCAGAGAACCAGACACCUCAGGACUGUCCCCACCUCAGGCUCUCAGACCAAGCCUAGGCCGCCCAUGAACACUGAUUUCCUGCCUUCGCUCAAGGUGUUUGCGUCGCUUCCUGUUGUGGGUGACGGCUGCAUGAGCCACAUGAAUAGAAGCGAAGACUGGUUCAGCCUUCCGCACUCUGGUGCAAGCUGGCGAGGCAGGAUUGUGUCAGCUCGGCAGCCAGACCUCUCAUGGAAUCUCCCCGACACACCGCUGACAUCCCACCUCCUCCAAGCACUAAUGUGUGAUCCUGGGGCUGGGGGGAGCUUUCUUCACUACCUGACCAGGUUUGAGGAUACUCAGAUGGUCCAUAACCUCCAGCUGUGGCAAGCACUGGAGGAGCACCAGGCCACUUGGGAGUGGCAGGCAGACCGGCUCAAGCCCCAACGCUCAGCCUGGCAGAUCUUCCACAAGUACUUGGUGCAUGGUGCACCAUGUGAUGUUGGUGAGCUCCCAGAUAACUGGUUCUUCUGCACCAUAUGCGGACAGUGGCCAAAUCCACUUGGCGCUGGGUUUAGCUGUAGCUGGGUGUGCAUGGGGAUCCCGGGCUGAAUCUCAGAGACC